AUGUCUGAUACUUCAUCCCCAAGCUUCAUCUGCAUCAAGAACGCGACGGUCUUGACAAUGGACCCACAGAAUGGUACCCUUGCAAAGUCCGACAUUCUCAUCCAAGGUGACCGAAUCGUUGCGAUUGGACAGGCCCUUCCAAACCCCCCCGAAAGCAAUGUCACCAUUAUCGAUGGGCAAGGAUGCAUCGUUACCCCUGGCUUUGUCGAUGGUCACCAUCAUAUGUGGCAGCAACUUUUGCGGGGUGUUGCGACAGACUGGUCACUUUUUGACUACACUGUCAAUAUGCGGACUAUUUAUGGAAGCUUAUACACACCUGAAGAUGUCUACCUGUCUACUUAUGUCGCAGCACUGAGUCUGAUCAACAACGGUGUGACUUCAGUUCUCGAACACUGCCAUAUCAUCAAUUCGCCUGAUCAUGCUGACGCGGCUGUAAAGGCACUUCAAGAUGCUGGGAUCCGGGGAACGUUCUGUUAUGGAUUCUAUGCCAACCCACCUUUGCCUGAUCAACCUGAUCCAGAAGGCUUCUCCCAUGCAUCACGGCUGAGCGAUGCUGCCAGGAUAAGAGACAAGUUCUUUGGUCAAAAUGAUCCAGUCGAGCAACUUCUCACGUUUGGCGUAGCUCCAGAUGAGCCAGAAUCUCUGUCCAUCGAAGAGACCAUUGCGCAGAUCAAGCAGUCGAGAAAGCUCGGAGCACGUAUAAUCACCAUGCAUGUCGCGAUGGGGCCCUAUGACUUGGCACGACGUCAAGUUGUGCAGAAUCUCGCAAAUGAGGGUAUCAUGGGUCCAGACCUCGUAUUCAGCCAUGGCUCAUCCUUCACCGAGAGUGAGCUUCUGGUAAUCAAGGAUUCGGGUGCUUCCAUCGUCGGCACGCCAGAUACAGAGUUGCAAAUGGGUAUGGGAUUUCCUAUUGUCUUCCAAGCUUCUGAUCGAGGAUGUCGCACAUGUUUAGGUAUAGAUAUUACUUCCAACCAGGGAAAUGACUUCAUCGCGCAGAUGCGGCUCGCAUUACAAGGUCGUCGAGCCCAGGAAAACGAACAAGGGUUUCCACUUUCCAUCAAACGCAAGACGGCAGACGUUCUUCGAAUGGGAACUUUGGGAGGUGCAGAGGUCAUGAGAAUGGAAGAUCUCAUCGGCUCCAUUACCGUUAGGAAGAAAGCAGAUCUUGUCCUCAUCCGCAGUGAUGAUAUUGAGAAUAUUCCUGCUGGCGACCCAAUUGGUUCAGUGGUGUUUCAUUCUUCAGUGAAAGACAUUGAUACUGUUAUCAUUGAUGGCAAGAUCAAGAAGCAGAACGGAAAGUUAGUCGCUGAUUGGGAGAGGCUGAAAGAGGAUGUCAUUCUUCGUGCAGACCGUAUCAAGAGGGAGGCUGCUAAGACUGAUCUGACAGCAGCUAGGAAACUUUGGAUGGAUAUCUUCCACGUUAAAGACAUACCCGAAUGA